AUGCUCCAGUACAAUGGGCACCUGCAGCAGCAGCAGCAGCAGCAGCAGCAGCAGCAGCAGCAGCAGCAGCAGCAGCAGCAAAAGCAGCAGCGUAAGCAGCAGAGCAGGGGGCAGAAAGAAAAGCAGCAGUACAGUUGGGCAGCAGCAGCAGAAGUUAGCCCUGCACCACUGGCUGCAACAUCAGCAGCAGCAGCAGCAGCAGCAGCAGCAGCAGCAGCAGCAGCAGCGCCAACAGCAGCAGCAGCAGCAGCAGCGCCAACAGCAGCAGCAGCAACAGCACCACCAAAUCAGCAACAGCAGCAGCAACGGCACCACCAAACCAGCAGCAGCAGCAGCACCACCACCACCAAAUCAGCAACAGCAGCAGCAGCAGCACCACCAAAUCAACAGCAGCAGCAGCAACAGCACCGCCAAACCAACAGCAGCAGCAGCAGCAACAGCACCGCCAAACCAACAGCAGCAGCAGCAGCAGCAGCAGCAGCAGCAGCAGCAGCAGCAGCAGCAAGUCCCCACAGUGUGCUCCUUGGGAAUGGGGGGCCCCUCAGGGUCCAGAACAGCAACAGGCCAUUCAUCAUUUCCUUUGCGGGGGCCCCUCAGCAGCAGCAGCGGCAGCUGGCUGGGGCUGCAGCAGCAGAGCCGCACGGCGCUGCUUUGUGGGGCCCCACAGGCAGCAGCAAGAACCCCGCGUUUUGCUGCACCUGA